GACUUCACACGCCUCUCUAGCAUCUCUCACUCGUCCUUGACACGGCAACAUAUAUUCUUCAUACCUACCUGCUUAUGACCUACCCUCCUCCCCAUUAAUAACGUUCAUUCAUACAUCUAUCUGUCCUAUCUAUCGUCCAUUCCUUAGAUAUCCUCUACAACAAAAGUCCAAGGAACACAAUCAACCCUUCAUAGCACCAGCAGCAGCAGCAGCAGCAGCAGCAGUACCACCACCAGCACCACCACUUAUCACAUCACAAUAUCCAUCAAUCAGAUAGCAAAGACCCAGAGAAAAAAACAUAAACCUCAUAUUUGAUUUCGGCACCAAGAUCCGAAACAUUAAAUCAGAUUGGGCUUUGCCGUUAUUUCCUUCCCUCACACACUUUACCUGUUCUUGAUUAGACCUUUGGAUUUUCAUAAGCAUUAACGAACGAAUAAUACCUGAAAGAGGAUCUAAUUAAUCACUUGGGACUUGCGGACUUACGACUUUACGACGAUCUUACCUUUUCUCUCUCCUUCCCCAACGUUGUGAACAAAAAUAAAUCCAGAGGCAGUCACAUUCAAGACGAGACGAGGUAGAAGAGAAAGUUAAAGUCUAUUAGAGAGAGAGAGAGAUAUACAUAUACAUAGACACAUCCACAUCCGCAUAGACAUCCACAUACAACCCUAUGGUUCACAUCACACAACGACGAAUCCUCACACGCUGCACACCACCAAAAAAAAAAGAUACGAAACUUACAAAAUCAAAAUCAAAAUCAACGCCAAUAACCACACCUGAACCAUAACCCUUGGACAAGUUUUAUUGACUGACUACCUACUUACCACUUACCAAACCCAAUUUCGUACUCGAGCACUCGUCGGUACCGCACCAUCACUUGACUUGGAAGUUUCAUCAAAUCCACCAAUUAUCAUUCGAUCAACUAUUGGAAUGGCCCCAGUGUGAUUAGAUUACCUUGCGCAAGACCCUCCGUCUACAUUUAGGUAGAUCACGAUUCACGAUACACGAAUUAACUCAAUUUACGAUCCAAGGUAGCUGGGUAGCUACUUGGGUGCACCGCUACUAGCUACACACACACACACACAUACAUAACCAACUGACCGAACGAAACGGACAAGCGAAUCCUCCGCCAAGAACGAGAGACCAUCCAUCUGCAUUGCCCCAGGAAAUUCAAAUUCGAACUAAAUACCUACCUCCCUACCUCCCUACCUCCCUACCUAUCUACCUCCCUCCCUCCCUCCCUCCCUAGUUAUUUGAAUGAAUGUAAAAAGAGAAUUACCCGCCGACCAUUUGUCUAUCCUCUUACACAAAAUGGCCAGCCAUCGUUCCUAUAAGACCUCUUCUUACUUUCCUACAAAUGGGGGUAGAGAUGUUUCCCGUCGUCCUCACACAAAUACCAAGACCCAACCAUCCUACUCAUCAUCUUCCUCGGAAGAAGAUAUUAUUGCAUCUCUAAAAGAUCUUGCCAUACAAUCAAGGACCAGAGAAAUCACGAGUACUAGUAAUAGUAGUACAAACUCUCCACGUUACGGCACUCCCGGCACACAUGUUGAAACGAUAUCUACUACAUUCGAUACUCCAAAGAAAAGCGACUCGAUUCCAAUUUCCUGCGGCCAGUCUACAAGAAGAGCGCGAGUUUAUACACCAUUGACAGGUCGUGGAGAAUUACCAGGAGGAUAUUUUCCCGGAUUUGCAGACGAAAACCCAGAAAUUCUCAAAUCAACCGUUCUACUAUCAACUUCACGUUCUAGGAAUUCUCCAGAAAUGCACCCAAUCACCAUAUCUUCCAUGUCCUCGCCCAUGGAUUCGCCAUCUUCUGAUGCCACUGUUCGUGGACCUCCUUCGAUCGUCAACUCUCCAUUCACUCUACCAGAAACUCUAGUCAUCCCCAAAGGGAAAUAUUAUCCUUCAAACUAUAAGCCAUCGCCAACUUCUCCUCUCCCGGUACCCCUCACGAGCAUCCCUCCGUCCAUAUUGAAUGGUGGCAAUCUUCAACUUCCUGCCAAAAGCCAACGUCAAAAACCUGCAAAUCCACAUCAUCAAAGGAAAUCCUCAGACGUCAAACGAAAACUACAAAAGUACCAAAAAGACAUGAUCGAACAAGCACGCAUGGUACAUGCUUCAGUCGUUUCUAGUCCCGGUGAAUCCGCACCAGGAUCCAAGCCUAUCAGUCCAAGAUUACUUCCUCUCGGUAGUCCUGGUCCUAUUACACCAUUUGAAUUGGAAGAAAGUUCUGGGUAUUUGAUUGCAGGACAAAUUAGAUCUGGUGGGUUGGCUGAAGGUGGAUUGAUGGAGAAUGAAGCGGUGGCAAGAAUGAUUCGAAUGGAAGAAGAAAGACGAAGACGAGAGGGGCAAAGUUCACCAGCUGCUCGAGUUUGAAGGAGUUCGGAAUUCUUGAACAGAAUGGGGUAUUCAGCCACACGGUUUCUUCCGACAUCUCCGGACAACGAUCAACUCCUUCGAUCACGAUUUACAAGAUUAUGCAUCGGACAUUUCGCAUUGAGAAGUUGCAUCCAAAUACCCCGCAUCAUUCAUCCGGUUCCCCACACUUUAUCAAAAAAAGUAUCUGUUGAUACUUUGCAUGAACUUCCCCCACAAAAUAUCACUCUACACGUCAGCACGUAUCGGAUAUCCUUUUUACUCUUCUUUCAACAUUCAUCGCGCUUCAGAUACCUCUUCACUCUUCUUGUUUCGACAUGAAUCACACGAAUCACGAAUCACUCACGGCCCCUUUUCCUUUGUCAAUCCGAUAUCCAAUAGUGUUUUUUUUACCGCAUCUCACAUGGGUCAAUCAAUAAGAAUUGACUACACUCUACUCAUUCUUUUUAUAUCAGACCUAAAUACCAAGUGCUGGUAUAUUAGCUUUAUUUUUGCAUUCUCUUGCGCUGGGUGCUUUUAGGUUGUCUUGUUUCUUUCCUUUUGGUUUUGGCAUGGUGAUAGAAUCUGGGUUGGGGUGGGUUGGCUAUGGUGCGGAAGAGGGGAAUCUGGGUAGGGUUUGGCGUUGCUGGCCAAGUUCAAACCUUGCACAUGGGAUUUCUCAUGGAAUUGGAGAAAUUAUCAAUUGGAGGGAGGGGUGGGGCGGAAUGGAAUGGAAUGGAAUGGAAUGGGUUGGAGACAAUGCUGGAUGUGUGAUGAGCGUCAUCUUGCUUUGAUAGGGGUUGGAGAUGCUUAGAGUUUGAUUUGGGAUAGCAUAGUAUAGUAUAGCAGAGGAUGAAAAAUCGCUUGGGGAAUUCAUUAUAGGUUUUAUAUUCAUAUUCAUGAGGCUGUUUAUGCA